AUAAAAUCUCUAAUUUCGACGUUCUCGACCUUCUGGUUGCAUCAGAUGAACUACUCCUAGGAGAAUUAAUUGAACAUGUUCAAUGUUAUUUUAUCGAACGAGAACAUUCCUGGCUUAAAAGCAAUUUUGUCACAAUCUUACACACUGUUUUUCAGCUUUCUAGUUGUAAAAAACUUGUUGAUUAUUGCCUAGACACUAUAUGCAAUGAUCCAAACCCUUUCUUAAUUUCUGAUGAUUUUACAUCUCUUAAUGAUGAUAUUUUUUUGGAAUUAAUUAAACGCGAUGAACUUGAAAUCGAAGAAGCGGAUAUCUGGGAACAUCUUAUUAAAUGGGGAAUUUACCGGACACCAGGAAUCGAAGAAAGGAAAUUAUCAGAAGUGAAGAAAUUUUCGAAAAAGAAUUUUAUGGAUUUAAAAGAAACUUUAGAUCCUUUCAUUCCAUAUAUUAGAUUCCAUGAUAUUUCAUCAAAAGAUUUCUUUAAUAAG